AUCUUCGAGGAGAACGCGGCCAAAGACGACAGGGUGUUCCAGCUGGCAGUUUCCGACCUGAGUCUCAACGAUGACAUCUUGCAGAGUGAGAAGAUCACCUACUCCAUCAAGGUCAUCGAGGCCAACAACCCGUUCCAGGCGGUGCAGGAAGCCUGUGACCUCAUGACCCAGGGGAUUUUGGCUUUGGUCACGUCCACUGGCUGUGCAUCCGCCAACGCCCUGCAGUCCCUCACCGAUGCCAUGCACAUCCCACACCUCUUUGUUCAGCGCAACCCAAGGGGGUCACCCCGCACCGCCUGCCACCUGAACCCCAGCCCUGAUGGCGAGGCCUACACGCUGGCCUCGAGGCCACCGGUCCGCCUCAAUGACGUCAUGCUCAAGCUGGUGACGGAGCUGCACUGGCAGAAGUUCAUCAUGUUCUAUGACAGCGAGUAUGAUAUCCGUGGGCUCCAGAGCUUUCUGGACCAAGCCUCGCGGCUGGGCCUCGAUGUGUCUUUACAGAAGGUGGAUAAGAACAUCAGCCACGUGUUCACCAGCCUCUUCACCACCAUGAAGACAGAGGAGCUGAACCGCUACCGGGACACGCUGCGCCGUGCCAUCCUGCUGCUCAGCCCACAGGGGGCCCAUGCAUUCAUCAAUGAGGCUGUGGAGACCAACCUGGCUUCCAAGGACAGCCACUGGGUCUUUGUGAAUGAGGAAAUAAGUGACGCAGAGAUCCUGGAUCUGGUGCACAGUGCCCUCGGCAGGAUGACCGUGGUCCGGCAAGUCUUCCCGUCUGCCAAGGACAACAAGAAAUGUAUGCGGAACAACCACCGCAUCUCCUCUCUGCUCUGCGACCCCCAGGAAGGUUACCUACAGAUGCUGCAGAUCUCCAACCUCUACCUGUAUGACAGUGUUCUGAUGCUGGCCAACGCCUUCCACAGGAAGCUAGAGGACCGCAAGUGGCACAGCAUGGCUAGCCUCAACUGCAUACGGAAGUCCACCAAGCCGUGGAAUGGAGGGAGGUCCAUGCUGGACACUAUCAAAAAGGGCCACAUCACUGGCCUCACAGGGGUGAUGGAGUUUCGGGAGGACAGCUCAAAUCCCUAUGUCCAGUUUGAAAUCCUCGGCACGACCUAUAGCGAGACCUUUGGCAAGGACAUGCGCAAGCUGGCAACGUGGGAUUCGGAGAAGGGCCUGAACGGCAGCUUGCAAGAGAGGCCGAUGGGCAGCCGCCUGCAAGGACUGACUCUCAAAGUGGUGACUGUCUUGGAAGAGCCUUUCGUGAUGGUGGCAGAGAACAUCCUUGGGCAGCCCAAACGCUACAAAGGGUUCUCCAUAGAUGUCCUGGAUGCACUAGCCAAGGCCCUGGGCUUCAAAUAUGACAUUUACCAGGUCCCAGACGGCAGGUACGGUCACCAACUCCACAACACCUCCUGGAAUGGGAUGAUCGGAGAGCUCAUCAGCAAGAGAGCAGACUUGGCAAUCUCGGCCAUCACCAUCACCCCAGAGAGGGAGAGUGUUGUGGACUUCAGCAAGCGGUACAUGGACUACUCGGUGGGGAUGCUAAUCAAGAAGCCUGAGGAGAGAAUCAGCAUCUUCUCUCUGUUUGCUCCAUUUGAUUUCGCUGUGUGGGCCUGCAUUGCGGCAGCCAUCCCUGUGGUUGGGGUGUUGAUAUUUGUGUUGAACCGGAUCCAGGCUGUGAGAGCUCAGAGUGCCAGUCAGCCCCGGCCAUCCACUGCUGCCACCCUGCACAGCGCUAUCUGGAUUGUGUAUGGAACCUUCGUACAGCAAGGUGGUGAGUCCUCAGUGAACUCCAUGGCCAUGCGCAUUGUGAUGGGCAGCUGGUGGCUCUUCACCCUCAUCGUGUGCUCCUCCUACACAGCCAAUCUUGCUGCUUUCCUCACAGUGUCCAGGAUGGACAAUCCCAUAAGGACAUUCCAGGACCUGUCCAAGCAGGUGGAGCUCUCCUAUGGCACCGUCCGGGACUCUGCUGUGUAUGAAUAUUUCCGAGCCAAGGGCACCAACCCCCUGGAGCAGGACAGCACAUUUGCUGAGCUCUGGCGGACCAUCAGCAAGAAUGGCGGGGCUGACAACUGCGUGUCCAGUCCUUCAGAAGGCAUCAGGAAGGCAAAGAAAGGGAACUAUGCCUUCCUGUGGGAUGUGGCCGUGGUGGAGUACGCGGCCCUGACAGAUGACGACUGCUCUGUGACUGUCAUCGGCAACAGCAUCAGCAGCAAGGGCUACGGCAUCGCCCUGCAGCAUGGUAGCCCCUACAGGGACCUCUUCUCCCAGAGGAUCCUGGAGCUACAGGACACAGGUGACCUUGAUGUGCUCAAGCAGAAGUGGUGGCCGCACUCAGGCCGCUGUGACCUCACCAGCCACACCAGUGCCCAGGCAGACGGCAAGUCACUCAAGCUGCACAGCUUUGCUGGAGUCUUCUGCAUCCUGGCCAUUGGCCUUCUGCUCGCCUGCCUGGUGGCUGCCCUGGAGUUGUGGUGGAACAGUAACCGAUGCCAUCAGGAGACCCCCAAAGAGGACAAAGAAGUGAAUCUGGAGCAGGUCCACCGGCGCAUGAACAGCCUAAUGGACGAGGACAUCGCUCACAAGCAGAUCUCUCCGGCGUCCAUUGAGCUGUCAGCCUUGGAGAUGGGGGGCCUGGCUCCCAGCCAGGCCUUGGAGCCGACGCGGGAGUACCAGAACACCCAGCUGUCGGUCAGCACGUUCCUUCCAGAGCAGAGCAGCCACAGCACCAGCCGGACACUCUCGGCAGGGCCUGGCAGCAACCUACCAUUGCCGCUGAGCAGCUCGGCCACCAUGCCCGCCAUGCAGUGCAAACACCGGUCGCCCAACGGGGGGCUGUUCCGCCAGAGCCCCGUGAAGACCCCCAUUCCCAUGUCCUUCCAGCCUGUGCCAGGAGGUGUCCUUCCAGAGGCCUUGGACACCUCCCACGGCACCUCCAUCUGAUCACACCGCCUGCCCUCCCGUCCACCUGACCAGCAGAGCUUUUUAAUACAGACACAACACCACGGACCACACACACACAUGCACACACACACAAAGACUCUAACAUUUUUCUUGUACAUAUGUGUAAAUAAUGACAUAAUGGAGUGGGAUAAAAGUGUAUUUUGAAUAUUCCCAAUUUUCGAAGUCAGUAAAAAAACCCACAAAAACUGUAUGAAUGACUUUGUAAAUUUUGUUCUCUAUGAAUAAAAAGGCAAACUACUUGUGAUCAUUCUGAAGUGCC